AUGGAUCUUGGUAACUCUCUAUUCUCCUUAUUCUCCACAGGGAAUGCUUUGUCUUAUCUUAGCUUCCUGGGAUUGAAUCAACAACCAAUUGUUCAAGAGCACGGUGCAGACGUGCCAGAGAGCGAACAUGCCUUUCUCAACAAUAUCCCACCAGCUUUUGAACAUUUAUCGAUCGCUUUUGUAAAGGAUAACUUGGCUGUCAUUCCCGGGGAAUGGGAAGCUGGCGGAAUUAAAACCGCAUUGUACGACAUCCAGUCGGAUGAGUCCUCCAUUCAGGAACUCUUAACACAGUUAAAACUCCAAGAUUUUGUUGCAUGGGAUCAUUCUUUCUUCGAUAUAAUCGGUCCACAAGCCACGCUUGAGAAAAUCCAGUCGUUCGAGGGAGAGCCUCCGCACGUCCACGAGGCACCUGCCUAUGCCCCGGAGACAAAUGAACUCUUCUAUGCAGACACAAGCGUCACGGGGUGGCUAUGGGCAAUUGACGUAGACACCUAUAAGACACGCAAAGUUGAGACGAUACCGCCGUUGCACAAUGUCAAUGGAGCGAGAUACCAUAAGGGACAAAUUUAUGUCACUACAAAUGGUGGGCCAGCCCGUGGUAUUCAUUCUCUGAACCCUCUGGACGGCAUCGCAACGCCGCUUGUGAACAACUUCCGAGGUCGCCACCUCAACAGCCCCAAUGAUCUGAUCUUUGACUCGAAUUCGAAUAUAUGGUUUACCGACCCUCCCUACGGCUGGUAUCAAGGCUUCCCUGAUGUCCAAGCUCCAGAGCUUCCUAAUGGGAUAUAUUUCUUCAAUACCAAAACCAAGGCUUUGAUGGCAGCUUCAAACUCGUUUGUCUCAACGCCGAAUGGCUUAGCGCUAUCACCAGACGAAUCUACUCUCUAUGUCGCCGACUCAAACUCCACUGCUGGCAGACCUAUAGGUUUCCAUCCUGCCAGUCUACGAAAUAUUUGGGCAUUCGAUGUCAAAGGGCCGGUUCUCAGUAAUGCACGGAUUGUUUAUUUUACGGAGAGCGGCUGGCCUGAUGGAUUACAGGUGACCAAACGCGGCUAUUUGCUCGUUGCAGUGUUGGGUGGGGUAGACAUUAUUGACCCUAAAUCUGGAAUAUUACUGGGGAAAUUUAACACUCCUGAUGAUAUCAUCUUCAAUAUUGAACGAGGGCCGCAGCGUGGGAACCAAGCUAUGUGGUUGUUGACUGGCGAGAGCUACAUUUAUAAACUUAUGAUCAGUGAGAGAUGA